UGGCUCCGCGUCUGAGCUGGGCGGGUUUCAGGGGGACGGUCCGGACAUCCAGCAUCAGGAGCUUUAUUUGUACACGCUGUAAACGAGCGAGCAAGAGUAUAACUUCUGCGGGGAAAGGAGACGGCGAGAGAGAGAGGAGGGACAAAGUACCUACCUGUCACCGGAGAUGAGGAGGAAAAACCUGGGAAGUGAUCCUCAGUGACUCGUCUGAUGGGGAGGAAAACCUGACUGGGAUGUAAACACGGGCCAUAGAUCUCUAAUCAGGAGUGUUUUCCGUCACCAUGAUGACGCCACGUGAGAGCUCCCUCCUGACUCACCUGCUCCUGCUCCUCACGCUCAUCCUCCCCCUCACCCUGUCCCUUCUGCACCCUCCUCACCCUCCACCGGUCCACGUCCCAACGCUGGUCCCCCACACACCGACGCCUCUCUCCCGCUCCCGCUUCAGUGCUCAGACUCAGCUGGACUUCACAACUCACUGCAAUUUCAGCUGCUUCCACAGAGGCGAGCAGGAUGAGCAACUGUCUGAGAAACUGGCCUUUGAGACGCUGUACGCUGACGGCUCCCGCACUCUGACUACUGUGGAUGUGGAGGGUGAGGAUGAGUUUGAGGCUGAUGCCCAUUUCUUUGCUCACCCUUCACCCAGGAGAGAACCCAGAGUGAAGCCCAGACACAAGCGCGUGAGGCGGCAGAUCUAUGGAGCAGACGGCCGUUUUAACAUUCAGGGCAAUAACUUCCUGAUGGAUUACCCCUUCUCCACAGCCGUGCGGAUCUCCACCGGCUGCACCGGCGUUCUUGUGUCUCAGCAGCAUGUUCUCACUGCUGCCCACUGCGUGCAUGAUGGGAAGGAUUAUGUGAAGGGGGCAAGGAAGCUCAGGGUGGGCUUCCUGAUCCCUCCAUCUAUCAAUGGGACAAAAGCCAGCCUCACUUCUGCCAAGAAGCCUCUGGUUCGCUGGGUGAGGGUGAAACGCACCCGUGUGCCAAAGGGCUGGAUCCAGGGCCCUCAGGAGGUCAGCAUGGACUUUGAUUACGCCCUGCUGGAGCUGCGUUGGCCUCACCGGCGUCCAUUCAUGCGCCUCUCUGUGGCUCCUUCCUCUGAUGACCUGGCAGGGAAUCGCAUCCACUUUUCUGGCUUUGACAGCGACAGACCCGGGGAGCUUGUGUACAGAUUUUGUCCUGUGGAGGAAGAGUCCAGUGACCUGAUAUACCAGCACUGUGAUGCCCGACCGGGGGCCAGCGGCUCUGGAGUGUAUGGAAGAGUCUGGGACAACAGUUUAGAGCGCUGGGAGAGGAAGGUCAUUGGUAUUUUCUCUGGACACCAGUGGCUGGAGAUAGAUGGGGAGAGCCGGGAUUACAAUGUGGCCGUGCGGAUCACUCCUCUGAAGUUUGCUCAGAUCUGUUACUGGGUUCAUGGUAACCGAAUAGACUGUGUCCAGGACUGAGAGGGACAGAAGUGGGACAGAAGGAGGUAUAGACAGAAACACAGAAAACACAAGAAAGCACAAAGUGACUGAAAAAUCACAGGGUGAAACGUCUUAUUUCACCAAAAGAAAGGAAAGUGAAACUGGAUUUAAUCCAUAUGAAAAUAUGUGCUACACCAGUAAAGCAGGUCUACUCAGUUACUUAUGGAUCUAGUUCCCCUUCAUUGGGUUGUUUCUCUCCUGUGUUUAAUUUGCUCCCCAUAAUCUCACAAAAACAAUCUGCUUGUGAGAUCAUCACCACGGCAUCUUUUAAUAUGUGUUUGCACACAGUCAGUGUUUCCACAGUAUUAACACAAACCACUUUUUACAAGAGGGGAAAAAACACCUUUCUCUGUGUGUGUGUCAGUAACAGCAGAUUAGAUUCCUACUGUGGAUGAUGGCAAUCUACUGAGGACAAUUCUUUUUCAUCUUUGCUGUACUUUUUCGGGGAAAUGGUUCGAUAUUUUGAUAGCUCUUCAAGGAUCAUUUGGCUUCAUCUGCCACGACCUGUAUUCUGAUAGAUACACAGCUAAUAGAGAACACAGAAUAAAGAACUGACAGUAGUUCAUGGAAACCACUGAUGCCUAACGUUUCAGCAAACAGUUUGCUCUUGUCAGUGUGGACAGGAGAGACAGAGUGCUAAUUUUAUUUUUAUUUUUUAAAAAAAUGCUUGAUAUAUUUUAAUAAACAGAGAUUUAUAAGU